ACUUCAACUCUUCAACUCCUUCAUCCUUCACCCGUCAUUUCACUCCAUUCUUCACUUGUUAUUUCACUUCCUUCAGAACUCCAACCUCGUUAUUUUUACUGGAGAAUAGAUAGUCAACACUUCGUCAUUAUUAUCAUCAUCGACACCUCUACUUGGUAAACUUUGGUCAUAAUUACCAACCAGACUACUCGAGCAUACCAUGUCAUGAGUGCUAAAUGGUCACAUGCAUAUGUAACCUUGAUCACAUUACUUAAGUGUGCUGAACAAAAAUCCCAUACCUAACCUUACUUAUUACCUCUUCACUUUCUCUUACAAUAACCCAGCUAAGCCAUUUUCGUUAUUCAACAUUUUGCUACUUUUGGAAAGAAACCAAAUAAAUCUGCGAAGGAUUGGUUGGAUGCGACAUACGUAUAUUGGAUGGAUUACCUUUGUUUUGCGACUUCGCCCUCAGAUUGACUUUGACGCUCGUUCGUGAAGGUUAUCAUCUUGCGGAAGUAUCACCUUAGGAAAGAGGCUUACAAAAUCAUUCAAACAUCCUGGGGCGCUCAAAUAACGACGAUAUGUGCACUACGUACUUCUCCACCUAUGUCAACUGCCAUCAUCGUCCUUUCCGACGAACGGGAUGUGCCCUAUAUACGCAAGAUCAUCGAACCUGUACUGGUAAAGUCGAAGUGCAUACUAAAGGAGGUCUUAUCUGUCCAGCAUGUUUCGAUAGGAUUGUCUGGGUUCGAUCCAACGGUGAAUGGGAGACAAUAGAAACACCAGAAGGUGACCUAGCAAAAGAUGACUGGGAACAGGUUGAGAGAGUUGGUUAUGAUUGGAAAGAAGAUAAAAAAUCCAAGGACCUGGAGGUCGGUGUCAAGGGCAACAGCCGCAAUGCACUCAUCGUGAAAGAAGGCACGGAACAAGCAAAUGAUAGGGUGGAUUUGUAGCCGGAAAAAUCAUCUUGGGAGUAUGAGGGCAUUCAAGGUGGAGUGACUCAAAGAAGCAAUAAUCAAGAGGGCUUCAACGCAGGUCUUUGGUUCAAUAGUCGACCUGUACAGAUUCUGGAAUGCUAUUUGUCUAGAUAACGGCCACGCUUCGAAGUAUAGCGGCAGCUGCGUUGGCUCUUAUAUUGACUUAAAAUAUGACCCGCAGUUUGGCAGUAUUUUCUGUAACUAGGAAGAGCCAUGUACAGGAUCUAGAGAUAUAGCGAGGCAAAUAAAACGACAA